AUGCUCGCUUUGGAGCGCCCUGCUCGCGAGCAAUCUUACCUCCAACAACUCCCCAUGGAUUCGUCUGCCUUUAACAGCCCGCUAGACUCCCUUGACCCGCAGCAACAAGCGCUCUUUGGGGCAUACAACAAUUGCAGCAGUCUUUCAUGCGAUCCUUAUCCAUUUAUGCUCCAGCAACCCUUGGCUCUGGAUUCUCCGCUACUUUACCCUGCCAAAAGUGAAUUAAGGCUGGCGCCAAAGCCCUCCAGCUCGCCACAGUUUCUACCGCUCUCCCAGCCGGGCGAUCGGUACUCUUCGAUCAGUUCCUCGGCUUCUACCCACUCUCUUCCCAGCGCAACAAAUUCAUCAAUAGGUUCCCCUUAUCAAGACCAGUGGCUUGACCUCGACGUCUCCGUGGGUGCGGAGCAAAUAGCCAUGGUUGGUGAAGGGUAUCCAAGUGACUUCCUGUCUAAUAGCAUCGACCCUGAGAUGCUAUAUGCGAGCGAAAAGUUUUCCACUCCUUAUGUGGAUCCUGCAUUGUUACAGCCAAUGCAACAGAGUAGCAACUUUUCGGGAGUAGCCGUGUCGUACGCAGAGGAAUCCCCAUAUCCCUUCAUCUCUUCACCCGCCUUCGCUCCUCUCUCACCACACUCUCCUCUUAACAUUUCUCAUACCCCUCAGCAACCGCAACGGUCCCAGGGAGCAUCCGGACCCCAGAAGCAGGAGAAAUUCGACGUGAACCCCUCUUUUGUGCAGCAAAAUACCUUCUCGACACCUAGACCGUUCCAGGGGCGCAGGUCGUCCAUCUCCUCCAUUCAUUCCCGUCCAUCUGCCCGCACCUCUCCAACCAGAAAUGAAGCCGAGGAAGAAAAUGAGAAAGGAAGAUGUCCCCACCCAGACUGCGGCCGUGUCUUCAGAGACCUCAAGGCACAUAUGCUCACUCACCAAUCAGAACGUCCCGAAAAGUGUCCAAUUGUGACAUGCGAGUACCAUCUGAAGGGAUUCGCAAGAAAAUAUGAUAAAAAUCGUCACACGUUGACACAUUACAAAGGGACCAUGGUUUGUGGAUUCUGCCCCGGAUCAGGCUCCGCUGCGGAGAAAAGCUUUAACCGCGCGGACGUAUUUAAACGCCAUCUCACGACAGUACACGGCGUUGACCAAUCUGCUCCCAACGGCAGGAAGAAAACUCCUCCGUCUGUUCCUAGUGGAAAGCUGUCCAGCUACUGUCAGGAUGCCACCGGAAAAUGUUCCACAUGUACAGCGACAUUUUCCAACGCCCAGGAGUUCUACGAGCAUCUUGACGACUGUGUCCUGAGAGUAGUACAGCAGGAAGAACCUUCUGAGGCCAUCAACUCCCGAAGAUUGACCGAAGUCGCUUCCGACGAGGCCGUCCGUGACACCAUGGAGCGACACAUGCUCUUGGAGUCGAACGCUACUCAAAUCGAGGAUGGCGAUGACAUCGAAGAAGCUGCGGACAAACAAAACGACUCAUCCAACUCUUCUGUGAAGGGCUCACUUUCUAAAUCCAACUCCACCAACAGCAAGGUGACCAAAAACCGUGUUACCACCUCAAGGCGCCGAAACAACCGAAACAACUACCCUCCCUCAUGGAGCUGUCCCAAUAGCAAGAUGAAGAUGAAGCGACGUCUCCUCUGCCUUUAUGACGGCCCUCGUCGCCUAUGGAAAGAUGAGAUGAUGCUUGACAACGAGUUUGAAGUCCGGCUUAAGCUCCCUGCCGGGGACUGCAUGGGUCGAGAAGCCUACGUUACCGAUCUGGACAUCGAAACCCUGAAGCGAUCGGAGGGCGUCCUUAAUGCCACCGAAGAAGAAAAGGGCCCAUGGAUCAAGGACCCCAACGCCACUGAAGGCCUCAUUGGACCAACGGCAGUCCCAGUCAUCGAGCAUCCCAUGAAACUGGGUGAUGAACUCAACAUCGACGACCUUAUGGGAUAG